GGAGGGAAGAGACGAGAAAAGGCGAGGAGAGGAGAGGCCCAUCGUCGCCAGCCGCCUUGCUCUGUUUUCUGCAGCGGAGGAGGGGGCAGCCCCAGACAGGUGUCCCGGCAUGCUGAAAGUCACCAUGCCCUCUUCCUCCUCCUCAUCCUCAUCAUCCUCUUCCUCCUCCUCUUCCUCCUCCGGCUCCUCAGCCACCGGCCGCCCCGGGUCCGCCGCUCCCGACUACUGGAUCGAUGGCUCCAACAAGGACACCCUGGCCCACUACUUCGAGCUGGAAUCCGAGCUGGGACGUGGGGCUACAUCCAUUGUCUACAGAUGCAGGCAGAAAGGGACCCAGAAACCUUACGCCGUCAAAAUGUUGAAGAAGACAGUAGACAAGAAAAUUGUCCGCACGGAAAUAGGAGUUCUUCUUCGCCUGUCACAUCCUAACAUUAUAAAACUGAAGGAGAUCUUUGAGACCCCAACAGAAAUCAGUCUUGUUCUGGAACUGGUCACAGGUGGAGAGCUGUUUGAUCGGAUUGUGGAAAAGGGUUACUACAGUGAACGAGAUGCUGCUGACGCUGUUAAACAAAUCCUGGAGGCAGUUGCUGGCUGUGUUUUUCUGCCUCCCAAGUCUGUUGUGCCUGCAGACCUAAGUGAGGACAGGAUUGUUUCCCUGUGUCUGGAUGUUCCUGCCUUGGUAAUCAUGUACCUGCAUGCAAAUGGGAUUGUGCAUCGUGACUUGAAGCCAGAAAAUCUACUCUAUGCAACACCAGCACCAGAUGCACCUCUAAAAAUCGCCGACUUUGGACUUUCCAAGAUUGUGGAAGAUCAGGUGACCAUGAAGACAGUUUGUGGAACUCCAGGGUAUUGUGCACCAGAGAUACUACGGGGAUGUGCCUACGGCCCUGAAGUGGACAUGUGGUCUCUGGGAAUUAUCACCUACAUCCUGCUUUGUGGAUUUGAACCAUUUUAUGAUGAAAGGGGCGAUCAGUACAUGUUUAAGAGAAUCCUGAACUGUGAAUAUGACUUUGUGUCCCCCUGGUGGGAUGAUGUGUCUCUGAAUGCCAAGGAUUUAGUUAAAAAGUUGAUUGUUUUAGACCCCAAGAAACGUCUUACAACUCUACAGGCUUUGCAGCACCCAUGGGUCACAGGGAAGGCAGCAAACUUUGCACAUAUGGACAAUGCACAAAAGAAACUUCAAGAAUUCAAUGCCCGGCGUAAACUUAAGGCUGCAGUAAAAGCUGUGGUGGCAUCAACUCGCCUUGGCAGUGCCAGCAGUCACAGCACACAUGACAGCAACAAGCCCAGCCGUAACCCGUCUCCUGUCCAUGACAGCAAACCUGAAGAGAAACCUAUUCAGGAAGCAGAAGCAGCUCCAGAAGAAAUGUCUUAGGUCAACAUGCUUCCUUUUUUCAGCUGAAAUCUGUCAUUAUAUACACCAGCUUACUUGUCAUUCAGCAAGAGAGAUUCGUAAGCUUGGCCUCUCUGGUUCUGCUUAAGGAUGCCAAAUACACUGGCUGGUGAUCCUACCUUCAAUGCAUGUGACUGAUUAUGAAAAUAGUAAACAGUUCCAUAAGGCAUGUCACGGAAACAGUGUUAUUUGCAGUAAUACCGGCAGGAAAAAUCAUGGGGAUGAAUAACUACCUAUCAUAAUGCAUAUAGUUCAUACACAUGUAUCCAGUGUUUCUAGAUAGCAUUUGAAAUGAAAUACUACUUAAUUUGUCUUCUGUAUGUCGUGAGUUUCUUUCAACUGCUUCCUUCCAGAUUCAUAAUCCUGCAGCAGACAAAAUGGAAGGAAAUACCAUGCCAAUGCUUUUAAAACUGAUGUAUGAAAUAAUGCUUUUCAUCUUUAAAAUUAAAAAAGCAUUUGGGGAUCUAUAUGCAAAAAACAUUCCACUACUUCUGAGAAGAAAUUGAAAUGUUAGCUCCACUAGGCAUGAAAAUGUACAUUCCUCAAGCUUGUGUUGAGAAUGCCUUAUCCUGACCUUUCCUAUUUAUAUACAGUAUUUUAAUGACAACCAAAAUUAUUCAGAUUUCUGCCAUUUCAUUCUCUAGUAUAGCUAAACAAAACAACAGACUAAAAGAGGAUUAGUGUAGAUGCAAAUUUGAACCAUUAUAUUUAUUCAUUAAUUUCUAAACUGUGCAGCUAAAAGAUGUUUUUAUAGGGCCUAAGGGAACAACCUGCUAUAAUACAAGUUAUAAAUGCUUAAAGGAAGCUAUUCCACAACCCAAUGAUUUUGCUCUGGAGAAACACUCUUAUACAAGGUCUGGGAGCAAGCAGAAUAAUCUAGUUGCUUCCCAGACCAUUUAACCUCAUGAAUAACCAGUUUCCACUUGUCAGCAUAAUUAAUCCAGGUUUUCCUAACAAAGGACCCCUCCUGUAAAGUGAUCCACCAGCACAGAUCUUACAUCCACCAGAGCUCCUGUGUCUUAAGUUAAAAGUUGUGAUGUGCAUGAAUCAUUGUGCAAAAUUAGGGUCAAGCUUUUCAGGUAUCUUGACUCUUUUGUUGAGCAUAACUAACAUAAAUUGAAAAACUAACAUGCAUCAGUAUGUAUGACCAUUUACAUUUGUUUGUUACCACUUUGACAGCAUGUGAAUUUUGUGAUGUUAUUGAUAUAUUACAGAAAUGGCAAAAAGAACUUGAUGUACAAGAAUGU